AGCGGCUUCGGGGCGGCGCGGUGGCGCACUGUGCGCGCCGAGCAGGAGGAGGGCUAGCGCCGGCGGCGCCGGCGGCAGAGCGGGCAUUAGAGCCGGCAAGGGCUUCCUCUCAGCACCAACAGCCCCGGCGGCCCCGGCGGCCCCGGCGGCAGGGACCCUCAUCCUCUCCUGCGACCCUCGCUCCACGCUGGGCAGACGCGGCGGCUGUCCCGGAAGAGGCAAGCCAGGGACAAUCCAUCUGGAACCCCGAGAACCGGCAGCGGGGCUCCAAGAGUUGGUAGCGUGAGGUACAGCCAGGCGCCAAGGGGCCGGGAGCUGCGGGGCCCGCGGGAACUUUGAAGGCAGCGGGUCCCGGGCUUUGAGGGUUGCAGCUUCGGGGCUCCCCGGGCUCACAGCUUCAGCAGCUGCAGCAUCUCAAGAUCCGCCGCGGCCCCUGCGUGACAGGAGAGGGAGUUCUCUGUAACUUCGUCGGAGACGUCGGAGAGCCGGCAGGAGCGAGGUGGAGGGGCUGCUCCGGCUCCAGAGACACGGAGCAGCGGGAGACAGGAAGGACCUGGCGGAGGCCGGAGGGCGGGCAGACCCUCGAGGCAGCAAGACCGAAGCAGCCUGGCAGUCCGCGGCCUCGCUGCCCCGGACUGAGACGAAGGGCCCUGCGCUCGCGGCCUCCUGCGGGCAGCUGCUGGUCCCGCGCCCGGCUCCCCUAGCCGUCCCGGAGGUGGGCCCCUGCGCUAUGCCCUCGACGCCGCGCGCGCUUGGGCCGCAGCUUCUCUGGUGCGGGCCGGGAGCCGCCGCUUGAGCCGGCCGAGGAGCGAAGCCAGCCGGAGUUGUGCGCCCGUUCCCAGACCGACUGGCUGAGCACCGUUUCCCGCCUCUCGGCUCAGCUCUCUGCGAUCUUCCGCAGGCGGCUCCGAGAGGGACCCCACGGCUGCAGCGGUGUUUUCUGAGCUCAGCUCACCCGGUGCCCGCCCUGGUGGCGUGGUUCCCUUGGCGCCCUGGGCAGCCCUUUGGCGCCGAGAGGCAGCGGCGUGGGCCGGCCUACAGUCUGGAGCGCCCCGAUGGAAAUACACUGUAAGCACGACCCGUUUGCAUCCAUGCAUAGACAUGGAGGAGUGAAUCAGCUUGGGGGGGUUUUUGUGAAUGGACGGCCACUCCCAGAUGUAGUCCGCCAAAGGAUAGUGGAACUUGCCCAUCAAGGUGUCAGGCCCUGCGACAUCUCCAGGCAGCUUCGGGUCAGCCAUGGUUGUGUCAGCAAAAUUCUUGGCAGGUAUUAUGAGACAGGAAGCAUCAAGCCGGGGGUGAUUGGAGGAUCCAAACCAAAGGUCGCCACUCCCAAAGUGGUGGAAAAAAUCGCUGAGUACAAACGCCAAAAUCCUACCAUGUUUGCCUGGGAGAUCAGGGACCGGCUGUUGGCAGAGCGAGUGUGUGAUAACGACACAGUGCCCAGCGUCAGCUCCAUCAACAGGAUCAUCCGGACAAAAGUACAGCAGCCCCCCAACCAGCCGGUCCCAGCUUCCAGUCACAGCAUAGUGUCUACAGGCUCCGUGACGCAGGUGUCGUCGGUGAGCACCGACUCCGCAGGCUCCUCAUACUCCAUCAGUGGCAUCCUGGGCAUCACGUCCCCAAGUGCUGACACCAACAAGCGCAAGAGAGAUGAAGGUAUGCAGGACUCUCCAGUGCCAAAUGGCCACUCACUCCCGGGCCGAGACUUCCUCCGGAAGCAGAUGCGGGGAGACCUGUUCACACAGCAGCAGCUGGAGGUGCUUGACCGCGUGUUUGAGAGACAGCACUACUCAGACAUCUUCACCACCACGGAACCCAUCAAGCCAGAGCAGACCACAGAGUAUUCAGCUAUGGCUUCACUGGCUGGGGGCCUGGAUGACAUGAAGGCCAACCUGACAAGCCCCACCCCCGCUGACAUCGGGAGCAGUGUUCCAGGCCCGCAGUCCUACCCCAUUGUCACAGGCCGAGACUUGGCAAGCACAACCCUCCCGGGGUACCCGCCACACGUCCCCCCCGCUGGACAGGGCAGCUACUCUGCACCGACGCUGACAGGGAUGGUGCCUGGGAGUGAAUUUUCUGGAAGUCCCUACAGUCACCCUCAGUAUUCCUCCUACAACGAUUCAUGGAGGUUCCCCAACCCAGGGCUGCUCGGCUCUCCAUACUAUUACAGUGCUGCAGCCCGAGGAACUGCCCCACCGGCCGCAGCCACUGCCUAUGACCGUCACUGACCCUCAGAGCCAUGUGGGCGCCAAGCACUUACAACACAUCAGUGAGGGAGACAGACAGAGGGGCCCAAGGGCUCUGUCUCCCACCCCAUCCCCAUCCCCAUCCCACACCCACUUGAAACACCCUUCCUCCCCUUUGUCCUGCCCGGGGUCCAGGUUGGACUUCUCCAUCCUUGUCAUUUCAAGAGUCACUUGAUGAGCUUCUCCAGGAGGUGACAGUGUCUCCACUGAUCUGAAGACCGCUGCAGUCAAGCUCAGCCUGCCAAUCCCCCUGACUGUCUGACCAUCUCUGCGUUUCCGCCACAGCAGGCCUGGAAAGGAAAGCUAGGUUUCAUUGCUUCACAGCACCCAUGUAAAUACCGUCUUGCUUCUCUGUGGGCCUGAGGGUCUGACAGAGCAGAUUGGUCAACCCACAGUGCAUUCCAGGACAUCUUCCACUUGUGCACAGGGCAUCUCUCUGCCCUGGUGCCCUGUCAGGUGUCUCAAAGAUGUCUUUGAAGCUGACAGUACCUACCUUGCAUGGUGCAAGUCUCCUUUGAGGUUCCCCCCAAGAGGAAUAUGCUUCUAGGAGAUGCCCUGGCUUCUUGUGUCCAUUUCCACAGAGCCACCACAGUGUCGAGAGUCCUCCUCUUGAUCAAGGGACUCCAAGAGAACUGUCCGGGACAUUCUUCAGCUGCCGUUCUAAAGCAAAAGGUUAUCCAAGUGCUGAGCCGUUGUGGCUCUGAAUGGCUGUCUGGAUCAAAAAAUCGUGUGCCCCAGGCCAGGGGCGGACCUGAGGCUCCGUGAUACUCCUGCCUCACCCCCAGAACCACCAAACUGAAUAUGUUUUCUGAGGCAUGUCCAGGCUCAGGUCACUUUGGUCAUCAGCCAUGGACACUUCACCCAACAACUGUCCUUUGAGACCCCAACGACUGGAUUCUGGGCAAGCCUGUCCCAGUCAUAGAGACAGUGUCUAAGAGAACGAACUUAUCCCUGCCUGGAGGACCAGCACACCCUGCAGGUGGCAGCCAAGCUCCCUCCCACAACCCUGCCUGCCUCUGGGAAGCACAGUGUGUGGCUGGGUACGGAGGUGCUGGGGAUGGUUGUGGGUGCCUGACUCACCCCAUGCAGAUCAAUCUGCUACUACAGGGGGUGGAGCUGGAACUCACUGUGGGAAAGGAAGAGGAAUAUGUGGGAGACAGAAAGGGCGAGGGAGGGACAGGCCAAGCAGCGAGGAGCUGGUGAGUGACUUGGGGGUGGGUUUGAGUCUGGGGUGCCCGGUGACACAAUUUCUUCUUCUGGAAUUCUAUUCUCUACACGGUCCCUCUUGCAAACUUCUCUGAAUAGCAGAGAAGAACCCUGGUCUAAACUGAGGCUAAAUUAUAAUAAUAAUGGAGAACUUGACCAUUUCACAUGAUAGUGUCCCCAGGGCUGUGCUGUGGGGCCUCAGACCCUUUACCUCUCUGAGGCUUAGCUGGACUGACAGCAGGCUUAGUUCAUGAUUUUUCCUUCCUCCCUUCCUCCCAGAGAGUAGAGGUGGUGACUGUCACCUAGGUUAGCCCUCACUCUUGACCAAGUAUGCGGGGUCUUGCUAAUGUUCCAAUCAAGUGUAAAACAAGAAUUAGAAACAGAGGAGUCUUCAAAAAGACAUAGUUUAGUCCCUGAGGGGAACUGAGGCACAGUUUAUGGAAGUCCAGAACCAGACAGGGAGACCAGACAGACCUCCUUCCCAUGUAUUUUGUGCCUCAAUACCCCCAACAGAGGAGUGGGACAAAAGAAAGAAAUUAUGGCUCCGAAUAGUGGAGGCUCUAAGCAGUGACUGGGUUGGGAUUUGGGCCCCUGACUUCUGACAUGGUGGUCUCUGUCACCUCUAUCUUCCUCUCUCUUGUACCUGGGAGAGAAGGUGGCUGUGAAGACAGCAGGAGGAGGCACUACUUGUCCCAGAACUCCAGAUUAGGCUUCCAAACCAGUACAACUGCCAGGGUUCCCCAGUCACCAUGCCAGAGUCAAGGCCUGUGAGCUCGAAGCAGGCCUGGAACCUGGGGAACUUGCUAGGCAAGGGAAAGAAACUAGAGCCCCAGGCCGCCCCCAGGAACUGAGGGACACCAGCCUCCACCUGUCAGCUAAGGUAGGAGAAGGCUCCGCCCUCAUUCCUUUUUCCCUGUCCCUGCCAUCCUUCUCCUCUAGUGAUGUUCACCCUGCGCUUCUUGCAGUUUCAAGCUGUUGGAAAGGGGGCAGCCUCCCCGAACAGGCUGCUCAGUUCCACACUCCUUCCUCAGCAUGCCCACCCUGCCCCACAGUGGCUCCUCCCCAGCCACCUGAUGUAGCCCCAUCUUCCUCCUCUCUCCUGAGGUGCUGCUGGUCCUCAGAUUGGAGACUGUAUUUAUUAGACAACCCCAUGGUUCCUGGGAUGCCAGGGAAAAGCACAAGACCCCAGCGGCGCAACGCCGCUCACGCACACACUGCUCUCUCCGGCUCGCACGCUCACACCACAGACGUACAGUGCCAGAGAACAGAGUCGGGGGCUUUAGCAGCUCCGAGCCAGGAGGCCUGGGCACGGCUCCACAGGCCUUGACUUCUGUCAUCCUGUUUGAACUUUGUGAAAAAAGGUAUUUUCAUAUUAUUUGUCUAGCUCCAGCCUGAGAACUUGGGUUAGAGAGCAGACCCGCCAACCCCUUGCCAAGGCACCUUCUCAGAGAUUGAGCCUUUAUAACCGACACUGUGCAGUGCUUUGUAAAGCUCCACUCCCCCAUGGAGCAGAGACCCCGACACUCGGGGCUCACUGUGAAGACAAGGAUGAAAUGAAUUCCCAGCUCUAUGAGCUUUGCCCACAGGGUUGAGCACCCGUCACAGAGCACAUGGCUUGAAGACACUCACCCCUGAGUCCUCCAGAGAUUCCCAGACAUGCAACAAGGAAAACAGAACCCAGAAACUGGACUAGUAACAGGAAGGGUCUGGGCCUUGCUGGUCCCGUUAGCACUGUAACUUUCAAUCUUUACAUACAUUUAUGGAACACUUACUGUUUGUGUGGAACCUUUCCCUGCUGUUCCCUGAGGCUCCCAGGACCCAAGCCCAUGUCCAAGCCCGUGCCACAGUCCCUGGCAGGGCCUAGACAUGAACCUGCUCUGGCUCUUAGAGUAGUAGGCAGCAGUUCCACGAGCAGGCCCGAUUUCUCUUUUCUCUGCCCCUUUUACUUUGGAAUAAACUGUGACAAGGUGCAGGAGAGCCUGGGCUAGAACCUUGGCUCUCCAUAGGCCAGAAAACAUAGACAGACAGACAGACAGCUGAUUCAAAGCCACACUCUGGUCUGGGCAGGGGACAUAGCAGCAAUGUAUGGUGUUGCCCCAGGUAUCCAGAGUGUGUCUGGCCCGUGGACUGACACCUCAAUAGUGAAAACUUUUAAAACAACACUCCAUUGGCCAAAAGAAAAAAGCUGUCUAAAGGCUGACUCCGCCCAUCGCAGGCUGACUCCGCCCAUCGCCGGCCUGCAAAGCCUCCAUUCCUCUUUCAUGCUCUUCAUUCCUGCUCUUUCAUGAACACUUGGAGAAGAUGGCAGGGAGGCGAUAGGCGUGUGAGCUGCUUGGACUCUGGAGGUGGCAGUGGGUGAAACAACGGAUGUGGUGGGUGUGAAGGGAGCUGUUGGUUCUCUAUGUAUAGAGCCCCAGAUGUGGCCACAGGGCGUUGAAGGGUGAAAUCCCUUUAUGAAGAGUCAGGCGCCAGAGUGGCUGCCCUGCCUUUGGCAGCCUUAGCUCCUGGUAGGUGACAUUUCGGCUAGAAUUUAACUCCAAGCCAUGGGGAGCAAAUCUUAAAAACAAACCAAGCACUCCCAAACAAAUACUAGGAGCAAGUGACUCUGACACACAGUCUCUCGGGAGUCCCCUGCGCAGGCCAGGCUAGGGUGGGUCGACCCCAUAGGUUAGACCAGCUCCGCGGUAGUCCUGGCCUUGUCACCGUCUAGAGUCUGCCUCUGAUGGUUUCCAGGCACACACUGGUGCACCUGGGUAAAUUUAUUCCUUCAGUGCUUUAGCCUCCAAGAGGCCUAAGGCACAUGCAUUUCUUAAAAGGAAACAAAAUACAUGUAGGAGACUUGGACAGCCAGGCCACGACUCCUUGCGUGCAGUCUGCCCUACCUCCCAGUGGCCCCUUCAGCCCCUUGGCCCUUGACAUCCCUGGACCUCAAGAUCCCUUUUUGCAUAUUCAUGAGGGAGCCGCAGAGUUGAUCCACGCUUCCCUGCUGUCAGCUCAGGCUGUUCCUGCAGUGGUGCUGGGUCCCCAAGGGCCAGCUGCAGAGCACAUAGUGAGUCCCUUGCGCAGGUGCUGUCCUGACGCAUCUCCAUUGGCUGUAGACCGAGCUGCAUGCUGGGAGCCGCAGGCACCCAUCUUUCUGUCUUUGGUAAUUCCUCAGCAUCAAGGCCCAGUUCCUGGACACUUCCAGGACAGACAGAGAACUCAUAUCAGAUCACUGCCAUUGAUGGGUUUCAAUCCAGAGGUUCCUCUUAGUACAUCAGGUGACAUCCGUGGAACACAGCCACUUGGUGAUACUAGAGUCUUCUGCCCACACCGGCGACGCCUGAGCAGCACCGUCCAUUGCUGCUGCUUUGGUUCUCACUGUGGGAAUGCCCUGACAUCUUGGUUGCAUCUUGAUGGAUGCCCCUCAGCCUGGACAGCUCUGAGCACGAGCAGAGAGGAAGACAGCGUGAAGGACUAGGGACUUAGCAGCUCUGUGCCUCUCUCUGCCUCUAAGGCCUGACUUCAGGAGACCAGCCUGUAGUUUCACCUGCUCUCCCGGGGUUCACUCACCUGCUAAGGCUGCCGAACGUGGGCAUUUAGUCCCCCCAAACCACCAUGCAGAUGCCACACCCCUCAUCUCCAAAAGCACCCCUAAGAUCAUGUCAUGAGAGGUGUUUGAUUUAUAAAUGGUGCGUUUCCCUUUGAGUGGAACAGAAAGGAACCCGUUUAAUGGCCUCCUCAUUUGGAAGCACGAAUACAUUUUCAUGAAACUGUUUUAUUGUAUCUGAGGAAAUGGAGAGUUGAACAUUCCAACCAAUCAAUAGCCAAUUAAUUGCUAUAAACGUAAAAAGAAAAUAAAUCCCAAGUCUAUUUUAAACAUCUUGCAAGACUCAGAGCCUCAGAGUCAGGCCUUCCUCUCCAUGUGAUGUGCACAGGUGCAUUGAAAGGCGAGCAUACACACACACACAUACACACACACACUCCUACACUCACACACAGUCCCACACAUCCACACUAUUAUACACAUCCACACACUGUUACAUUCACACAGUCACACACUCCCCCCAACACAAUCACAAAUACGCUUACACACUUAUACACAAACUCACACACUCCAAUGCUAGGACAUGAAACUCAGAAGAACUGCUGAAUCUGCCGAUGCCAGCUCUUGCGGGCAUUCCUUGCCUUUAGUCCCAGCAGGCGAGCAGACCUAGCAGCAGCCUGUCCUGGGGCUCAGAAAGGGACAGAGCUGGCCCCAGCCCCAAGCCUCCAGCACAGUGUGGGCAGUGGGCAGUGGGCAGUGAGGGCCUGCCGUUGCCGCGAGCUUCUUCCCUGCCUGGCUACAGGCUCACCCCUCUGUGGUCAGGGGGUGGAAUUCUGACCAGAGUGUGGUCCUGGCUCCCGUGGACAGUGCUGCCCUGGGUUUUCACCCUCUAGUGGCCUUCAGACAUUGAGUAUUUGUAGAACUGCAGAUUACAUUCCGAGGGAACUCUGCCAGGAGGACACAUGGGGUUUGCUCUUCAUUCUUUAGAUGGUUAACCGUGUCCUAGGGACAGUCCUUUCCAGCAUCAAAGAAAGACAUAUCUACUGAUCUACUGUAUCCGCCAAAGUUUGUGAUGCCUGCAUAGACGCUUGUUAAAAAAAUACAAAAAAAAAAAACCAACAAAAAAUAAAUAAAACCACACAAUUGAAUUG